CGACCAUGAUAGACGUCUUCUCCUUAUUUAAGGCUGUUCAAGAUGAUAAUUUAGCAUUGUAACGAAGGCGAGUGACGGAAAUUGUAACUGUUUAUAAUAAAUAAAGCAAAUAAUCGCUGCGUUAAUUUGAAAGGAAGCGUGGCAGUUGAACCAGGUAACAGCGCACAUUGAACUACCCACGACAACUGCUAAUAUUUAGUGACAAGAUAAAUGGUGCGUUUGAAGUCCAUAUUUCAAAAAGGUCAAAAGCAAACACAUCAAUAAAAUGCUAUCUACCGUGGCAGACUGUGGUGUGCCUGCUAGUUGACAUUUGUAGCGUAAAAUUCUCUUCACCAACUCCGAGCUGCUGGCCAUCACUGUGCUGCAAGUGCGAUCAUCCACACACCUGAUUGAUAAUGACACUAAUUAUAAGCAGGGGAAGUCAUAACGAACACUUAAGCUUCCUCUAAGGUGGAAUAUGGAAUAUACAAUAGUUGGCGUGUUUAUGAUGUUGUGAAGUGUGCUGGAAUGUCGUCACUAUGAUCUAAUAGAUGCACGAGGAACAACCACGUCAAGGGUUUGCUAUCACUCAGCAGACAUAUGCUAAUUAGCCGUGUCACGUGACACCUACGUUGCCGUAGGUGCUGUGCCGCCAGUUAUAGGAUUGGUUUCAAUGUGGACAAUGAUAUGAACGUCCAUAUGUGAAAUACUUGACAUGCAUCAAAAUAUUUGGAAUUGAAGCAAAAAGAAUCCAAAAUCUAAAGUCACCUUGAGACUUCAGAUCUGUGAGCAGUGGAACCAGAAAUGGAAGCAGCUUCUAAGGGAUGUCCACAUGUAACCUUGAAUGUGACGUAUCAGGUUAUACAGAAUGUUGACAUCCACGGACUGGAAGCUAUUAUGGGACACUAUAGCCCCAGUCAGCCGCAUGCAUGUCACAAUGUGUGAUUGGCACCCACUCCCCUAGAGGAGGAGUUAGCAGGAUUUCUCUUUCGGCUUGGGUGACUGCCGGUCUCUCUCCUGCUCCAGUAACUGGAGGCACAAGGUCCUUCUUCCACCAGCCUCAACUUCAUUCUUCAGGUCUGGGUUGUGCUCUGCUGCCUCAGCCAUGGCACCCAAAAAGAACAAGGCGACCAAGAAGAACAAAGGAGACAUCAACGAGAUGACCAUCAUGGUUGAGGACAGCCCCGUCAACAAGAUAAAUGGGCUGAACACACUGUUAGAAGGAGGAAAUGGCUUCAGCUGCAUUUCUACUGAGGUUACAGAUUCCGUUUAUGCCCCCAACCUCCUGGAGGGUCUGAGCACCAUGCGGCAUGAGACCUUCCUUUGCGAUCUAACAGUGGCCACCAAAUCAAAGUCCUUUGACGUCCACAAGGUCGUCAUGGCCUCUUGUAGCGAGUACAUACACAACAUUUUGAAAAAAGAUUCAACGCUGCACAAAAUCGACUUAAACGACCUGUCGCCCGUCGGCCUGGCUACGGCCAUCACAUACGCAUACUCAGGAAAGCUCACCUUGUCGCUCUACAGCAUUGGAAGCACCAUUGCGGCCGCCAUGCUUCUGCAGAUCAGCACCUUAGUCAAGAUGUGCAGUGACUUCCUUAUGCAGGAGCUCAGCGUGGAGAACUGCAUGUAUGUGACCAACAUUGCAGACGCCUACGAUCUUAAAGAAACCAAGGAGGCGGCGCAGAAGUACAUGCGGGAGAACUUCAUUGAGUUCUCAGAGAUGGAGCAGUUCCUGAAGCUCACCUAUGAGCAGAUCAGUGACUUCCUCUCAGACGAUUCCCUCCAUCUUCCCUCCGAGGUCACCGCCUUCCAGAUCGCCAUGAAAUGGUUGGACUUCGACGAGAAGAGGUUGAAGUACGCAGCCGAUCUCCUGACUCACAUCCGCUUCGGCACCAUCUCUGCCCAAGAUCUUGUCAACCACAUCCAGAGCGUGCCGAGAAUGAUGCAAGAUCCCGAGUGCCACCGUCUCCUGGUGGACGCCAUGAACUACCACUUGCUGCCGUACCAGCAGAAUAUCCUCCAGUCGAGAAGAACAAAGGUGCGUGGGGGCCUCAAGGUGAUACUGACGGUCGGAGGACGCCCCGCCUUGACGGAGAAAUCCCUCAGCAAGGAUGUUCUCUACAGGGACGUUGAUAACGUGUGGAAUCGCUUGACAGAAAUGCCGGCCAAGAGCUUUAAUCAGUGUGUGGCGGUGUUGGAUGGCUUCCUGUAUGUGGCUGGAGGUGAGGACCAGAAUGAUGCCAGGAACCAGGCCAAGCAUGCCGUCAGCAACUUCUGCAGGUAUGACCCUCGCUUCAACACUUGGAUCCACCUGAACAACAUGAUCCAAAGGCGCACCCAUUUCAGCCUCAGCACCUUCAACGGCCUCUUGUUUGCCAUCGGUGGUCGUAACGCCGAUGGCGUUCAGGCCUCGGUGGAGUGCUACGUGCCGUCGUCCAACCAGUGGCAAAUGAAAGCGCCUAUGGAGGUGCCCCGCUGCUGCCACGCUAGCUCAGUCAUCGACGGCAAGAUCCUGGUUUCUGGCGGUUACAUCAAUAACGCCUACUCCAGAGCCGUGUGUUCGUACGAGCCGUCCACUGACAGCUGGCAGGAUAAGAGCAGCCUGAGCUCUCCCCGAGGUUGGCACUGCGCCGCCACCGUGGGUGACCGCGCCUAUGUCAUCGGUGGAAGCCAGCUGGGAGGUCGUGGGGAGCGGGUGGAUGUCCUGGUGGUGGAGUCCUUCAACCCUCAUACGGGGCAGUGGAGCUACUGCGCUCCUCUUCACACUGGCGUAAGCACGGCCGGCAUUUCCACUUUGAACAACAAGCUGUAUCUCCUCGGAGGCUGGAACGAGGGGGAGAAGAAGUACAAGAAGUGCAUCCAGGUUUACAACCCUGACCUCAAUGAGUGGACUGAAGAUGACGAGCUGCCAGAAGCAACAGUAGGUAUUUCCUGCUGCGUUGUCACCAUACCCUCAAGGAAAACAACACGUGAGUCAAGAGCCAGCUCUGUUUCCUCUGCACCAGUCAGUAUAUAAGCACGAGUCCAUCCCAAUGGUCAGGUCCUGUACCUGCUUCCAAGACUUUAAUUGCCUGUUACAUAAACGUCUCCCUGUGGUGCUUUCAAGUGACUGGAAGGGGUCUUUAAUUAAGCAGCUGUAUGUAACCAAUAUAUUAUUUUUACGAGACAAUCUGGCUAUAGUCAUAUCCAUCACAACUAUAAGGUAGACAUUUCUAUAUGGGGCCAAUUUAGAUUUAUAGAUAUUUAGGCAUUUGCCCUCAUUCAGUAGCAUCUUUAAAUUAAACCUACUAUGUAAAGAAGGGCUUUUUAAACUGAGGCAGGCGUCUUUUUCAAAACUGCAAAGCUGACUUUAAUUAUUUUACAGGCAAAACAAAUUGAUUUUUUAGUUUUUAUAGUGAGUUAGAAAAAAAAAGAAAAUUCACGAAAUAACAGCCUGACACGUAUUACAGCCGACUGUGCCACACUUUGAAAACAUGUCAUGUAAACUUGAGGUGCAUUCACAACUUUAAGUAGAUAUUUAUUAUACAAUCUAGAUUAUGGAAGGGUUUUUAGAAAUAUGGUUCCUUCCUCAUGUAUUGACAUCGACAUACAGUAUUGCACAUAAAUUCAUGAUAAAUAACGCUGUUAUGCCUACUUGGACUUGCAACAAAUUCAAACUUUUUCUGAGCCAAUAAAAAUGUACUGGUGACAGUUUGGGAAACCCUGGUUUAUGGUGACUACAAAGCUCAGGUACUUGAAGAGUCAAAAAGCCGAAUUUAAUGAGACAACACCUGCCAGGAGUUGGUGUUGAAAAUCUGGUUUGGUUGCGUGAUGCUCAUCAACAAUAUUGGUGAAUUUCAAUGAAAACGGUCCUGCUGGAAAAUGUUGCAAGGAUGGGGAUGAUAGAAAACUUGUAAAAAAAUAUUCAUUGUAACAGGAGAUUAUGUUUCUGCCUGAGCUCUAUUGGGAGUAGUGAUUCCCAUGGUUGCUCAUGUUUUAUUUUUGUUUUUAAAUAAAAGAGGUGACAGUA